AGGCUCUGGUACAAAAGCCGGCAGCUUGCUGGAGCUGCAGCUGAUUUUGGAUUGGAAGGAGCAAGUCUUUCUGCACCUCAGGCUGAGAGAGCGAGAGCUCACAGUCAGAUACACAUACAUCCCGUCUACAUUCAGUCCUCAGACACACACUGACAGACUCUCACACCCUCACAGACAGACUCUCUGCAAUGGAUCCCUGUUGCUCUCACCAGGCUCUGAAGAUGGUGUUUGUUGGUGAUGGAGGGUGUGGGAAGACCUGCCUGCAGACUGUCUUUGCUGAGGGACAUUUCCCAGAGACCUACAUCCCAACAGUCUCGGAUCAAUUCUCAGCACACUUCAGCUGUGGGAGCUUCCAGUUGGACCUCAGCCUAUGGGAUACAGCAGACUUGCUCUUUGUCACAACAGGAGAGAAAGAUUAUGACAGACUCCGCCCCCUCUGCUACAAAGGAGCCAAUGUGGUGCUGAUUUGCUAUGAUGUCACCAAUCCAAUCAGCUUUCAGAAUGUGAUGAGCCGGUGGCUCCCUGAGGUACAUAACAGCUGUCCCCGGACCCCGGUGAUGUUGGUGGCCUGUAAGACUGACCUGAGAAUGAACAAAGCCUGUCAGCGCAAACUGGCAAGAAGUAGACAAGAGGGCAUCACUUUCACCCAGGGACAGAGUAUGGCGUGUCGGAUACAGGCGUCUGGCUUUCUAGAAUGUUCAGCAAAGCUAGGGGAGAAGGUGUUGGAGACGUUCCACGAGGCCACUCUGGCUGCCCUCAGAGGCUGCAGGAUGACGAGAAAGACUGCGAGGGGCUGCCUGGUGUCGUAGUGAGGAGAGCUGCCGUGUCCUGGUGACACUCACUGAAAAACCACCUUCCUCCUCCACUGGCACCUACCCCAAGAAGGGCCUAGAUUUAUGGGGUUCAUCCUUCAGCUGUCUCCAGCAAAGGCAUCGAAACUGUUGUAAAUGCUAGGCGAGAGCAAGUCCAUGGCUGUAUUCUCAUCCCAUCCUCCUGGAACGUUAGUGGUCCACACAAAAAGAAGCCAGCCUGUAAUUCGGCCUGCAGCUGACUUAGCCUAAAACAUGUGGUAUUGCUACCCAGGCACUCAGAGCAGGAAAGGCCCAGGCUCCAUUCUCGGUCUACUGUUGGUGUCAUCUGAUUCCUCACUGUGACACUGAGUCGUGGACACUCCGAGCAGGAAACAUAGAGGCAUUGGAAGAAAUUGGAGUCACUCUGAAAGCCCAGGACAAUGAAAUCCUUAAUGAAAUUUAGUUUCCACGUUCAUAACUUCGAGUGACUCUAUUGUGACGCAGUUCGUUUCUCUGUAAAAGACUUAAUGUCUAUCUGAACUUGAGCUGAUACAUUGAACGGAUACAAACACAAAAUAUAUUGAGUUCUGCUUCAGGGUUUUGUGAUCCAUUUGGUCACUGACUGGAUCUAAUAAAGACUGUUAUACCUACA